AUGCCUAAAACUACAUUAAAGAAACAAAAAAAUUGCAAGCAAUUUACACCCAUUCAUUAUGUCGAUAUAAACAAUUCUAAGUUAAAUAACCAACCUAUUAUUAAUGAAAAUAACUCCAAAAAUAAUAUAUUCACUAUUCUCAAACCAAAAUUCCCACCAAUCGUAACGGUAAAAGAUCUAAUCAAAAACAAUAAUACGAAAAAUAAGCCAAAAUUGUUUCCAAACGCUUUUAUCGCAUAUAGAAUGGCGUUAAUGAAAGAAUAUCAUAAUAAUAACUGUAAAUUACCUCCUAUGAGCGAAAUAUCUAAAAUCGCUAAAAAUUCUUGGAAUAUGGAACCUAAACACGUAAAGAAAUCUUAUGAAUCACUUGUUAAGAAUGCGAAAUCAACUUAUAUGAAAAAUAAUAUUCAAAUUGUAUUGGAUAAACAUAUGAAUUAUACGGAAAAUAAUCGAGAAAAUACUGUUAUCUAUGACACAGUUGAGAGCGUUAAUAAUGUCGCUAGUACUGAGAAUUCUUCUCAUAAUAAUGAUUUUAAUUCUCCUUGUAUCAAUUUUACUGACAUUUCCCAAGUUAAUUCCUUUACAAAUUAUGACACCUCAUAUGAAAUUAGUGAUCGAGAGUAUAUUAAAGUGUUGGAACAAAUAAUUGGUCGUUUACUUGGAAUUUAA